UGGAAGGGUCUGAAAAUUGUUUGCAUUUGAACGUGUACACGCCGGAUUUGGAGGGCCUAAAGAAACCCCUGCCGGUGAUGGUUUUUAUCCACGGUGGUGCAUUUAUGAUUGGCAGCGGAAACGGUGACUGCUAUUCCCCUGAAUAUCUACUGCAGGAGGAUGUAGUUGUGGUCACGUUGAACUAUCGACUAGGAACGUUGGGAUUUUUGCAUCUACCCAGCCAAGGCAUCGAAGGAAACGCAGGCCUCAAAGAUCAGCUAAUGGUGCUGAGAUGGGUGCAGAAGAACAUUUCACAGUUCCACGGGGACCCGAACAAUGUAACGUUGUUCGGUGAGAGUGCGGGCGCAGCCUCCGUUCAUCUGCAUUUACUCUCACCUGUAUCGCAAAAAUACUUCCACAAAGCGAUCUGUCAGAGCGGAAAUUCCAUCAUGGAAUGGGUGAUGCAACGCGAUUCGAUCGAACGCACGAGAACCCUAGCAAGGCUGAUCAAUCCUGGCGCAAAAACGGACUCGGAUGUCUAUGAAACACUGCUGAAAGCAGACGUAGCCGCGCUUAUGGGCCUCAUGGUCAAUACUUUGACUGCCGAUGAUAAGCGGCGUGGGCUUCCGAUGCCGUUCAAGCCGGUCGUUGAGGAGGGUGUUCAUGGGCCGGACACCGUUGUGCCGGUGCAUCCGUUCGUGGCCUUGCAACAGCCUGGUCGAAUCCCGGCUAUACCCAUGAUCUUCGGGAACAAUGAUCGCGAGGGCACCAUCAUGAUGAUGGAUGCGAUAAAGAAGCUGGAUCUGUACGAUAACGACAUGGCGCGAAUGAUCCCACGGACGGUAAACGUUUCGCCGAAGGGUCCCUCCUGUGAGCAACUGGCCAGCGAAGUGAAGCAGUUCUACUUUGGAUCGGAGGGCGUUUCAAAGAAAACCGUCAACCAGAUGGCUGAUCUAAUGACGGAUUAUCAUUUCGGAAUUUUGGCGAACACGUGCGCGGAGAUGCACGCAAGGUAUCAACCGGACUCACCCAUGUUUUACUAUCAGUUCAGCUACGAUGGUGAGCUGAACAUGUACAAAAAGUUACUCCGGCUGUCGAUUCCCGGCGCGUGCCACGCAGACGAGCUCUCGUAUAUGUUUCUGAUGCGGCUGGCAAACUAUGACGUGAGUCCUGAAACGGAAGAGGCCAAUGUGCGAAAGCUUAUGUGUCGCAUGUGGACUAACUUCGCAAAACAUGGACAUCCGACACCGGAUGAUGAUCGGAGCUUAUCGUACCGGUGGGACCAGGUCGAUAAAAUAGCACCGGCGUCAACUGAGCCGUUCCAGUUGAGGUGUUUGAAUAUCACUGCCAAACCGGAAAUGAUUAUGAAUCCGGAUAAGGACCGCAUCGACUUUUGGCGCGGUGUCUACCGAAAGUGGAACGACGAUUUUCUUAAAUUCCGCGGCAACGUAUCCUGCGAGCAUGUUGAGAUUAUCGCCCAACACUGUAGCGAUGCUGCCUAUGUUCGACACGCGGCAGAAGAAGCCGUUCUAGACUGCACCAGCGAGCGUGGUGUUAGUUUGGCCGCCAGCUACCUUCCGCCGGAAGACGGCACGCUUGCAUCGGUCGAUUGUUUGUUCUUGAAUGUGUACACUCCAAUAAACCCGACCACCAGCGUGGACCGCGUGUUGCCCGUAAUGGUGUGGCUUCACGGGGGUGCGUUUUGCACCGGAAGUGGCGGUUCGUCUAUUUACCACCCCGAGUGGUUGGUGGCGCAGGACACCGUUGUCGUCACGGUGAACUAUCGCCUCGGGCCCGAGGGUUUUCUGUGUUUACCGUCGGUGGGAGUUUACGGUAAUAUGGGCUUGAAGGAUCAGCGGAUGGCGCUGCGUUGGGUGCGAGCUAAUAUCGGUCGAUUCGGGGGUGACUUGAAUAAUGUGACGCUUUUCGGUGAAAGCGCCGGUGGCGUGUCAGCGCAUCUACACUGUCUGUCCGAAGGUUCCCGGCCGUUAUUCCACAAGGUUAUCUGCCAAUCGGGUGUGGCAACGAGCCCGAUAACGUUUCAGAUGCAUCCGGAGAGCAAAACUCGACGAUUAGCGGAGCAUUUCGGUUGCCCGAAGGAGGCCCCCGAUAGUCAACUGCUAGAUACUUUACUGAGCGUGGCUCCCGAGCUGAUGGCCAAAGUUCAAAAGCAAGCACUGACAGCACGCGAACAAACACUCGACAACGUGUAUCCUUUUCGGCCCGUGGUGGAAGCUUCCGAGUCCGUCGAUCCCAUCAUUACUGAGGACGUUUUCCAACUGUUGAGACGACCGGCUGGCACGAACAUUCCGAUGAUAAUCGGAGUGAAUGACGAGGAGACGCUGCACAAGAUCAAAACCUUCCGUCAGCACCUGCACCGGUACAAGGAUGAACCGGUUCGUUUUGUUCCGGAUAUGCUGAACGUCCCGAUGGAAAAGCGUCCUGAGGUGGCUAAAAGCAUAAUAGAUUUCUACUGCGGGUCGGAGGGCAUCUGUUUGGAGAAGGAGCUUCAACUGACCCGAAUAUUUACCGAUUCCUACUAUCUGUUUCCGGCCGUGAGGGCUGCCGAAAUGCAUGUGGCUAAUCAGCACAGUGCGGUAUUUUUCUACCUCUUCACUGCCGAAACGGAGCUGAACAAAUUUCGCCAACUAUGGGAGGUACCAGUGGAACAUCGCGGAGCAAACCAUGCGGACGACGUGUGCUAUCUGUUUGGUUCGAGUUUUUUCGGUACGGAUGCGGUGGCGAGGGAUUCGGAAGCGUGGAACCUCCGUAAGGCGAUGUGCCGCUUGUGGACCAGCUUUGCUAAAUUUGGUUCGCCGCGACUGGAUAAUGCCGGAGUCCAGUGGACGGCACUGGAAAACCCGAACGAAGAUGAUUUCGACCUAACGAUGUGCGAAAUUGGUGCCGAGAUGACGAUGCUGUACGUUCCACCGUCGGUCGUGAAGCUGCCACCGGUAGUGGAUCCGACUCAUUUGCCACCGGCCACUGCUUAUCAGCCUCCGGCAGAGGAUCUUCCGCUCAUCAUCGACCCAGAAAGUUCCUCGGACGGAACACCGCUCGUUUUCGCGGACGAUUUGCAGCUAGAGCUUGCGCCGGGGAAAAUCGUCGGCCGUCGGAAGGUCCUCCCGGAUGGAGCGGAGUACUUCUCGUACCAGGGCAUUCCGUACGCGCACCCUCCGGUGGGUGAGCUACGGUUCAAGCCACCCGUUCCGUUGGAAAAAUUCGCCGAAGAACCACUUCUCUGCGAUACGGAGAAGGCAAUCUGUCCCGCCGUUCUGUAUCUGCCGAAGGAAUCGCCCAACUCCGAGGACUGCUUGUAUCUGAACGUGUACACGACCAGCUCACCGAGUGAGUCACUCGGGCUGCAAAAGCCCGUAAUGGUGUGGAUUCAUGGCGGUGGUUUCUACACCGGAAGUGGCAAUUCUGAUUGGUUUGGACCAGAGAACUUGCUGGCGCAUGGCGUGAUUCUGGUCACGCUGAACUAUCGCCUUGGGCCACUCGGUUUCCUGGCGCUACCCUCGCUCGGUAUCCAUGGCAACCAGGGUCUGAAGGAUCAACAGUUGGCGCUGCGGUGGGUGCAGGACAACAUUGCUCGGUUUGGAGGCGAUCCUACGAACGUGACGUUGUUUGGUGAGAGCGCCGGUAGUGCGUCGGUCAACUGGCACUAUCUGUGUCCCAAGUCACGGCAGUACUUCCACAAGGCGAUCUGUCAAUCGGGUUCGGUGCUGUGUCCUUGGGUGCUUCAGCACCAACCCGAGAACAACGCCCGGAAGUUGGCUGCCGUGUUGGGCUAUGAAGGAGACGAUGAUGCUGGUGUUUUGGAAACGUUGUUAAACGUUCCGGCCGCGGAUCUGGUGGCGAAUGCAGCGAAAGCUUUCGACGAAACCCAGACAAGGAUUUACCUGGUGUCACCGUUCAUACCGUCAGUCGAGGAUGCCAGUUCGGAGGAUGCGAUCAUUCCGAAGCGUGGUGAGGAACUGCUCAAGCAGCCGAUGGCUACUAACAUCCCGCUGAUAUGCGGCGUGACGAGCGCUGAAGGGCUUGUCAUGUAUGGAAGAGUCCAACAACAGCUGAACGAGCUGGUGGCUAGUCUGGCGAAGACAGUGCCACUGGACCUGAGCGAUUCGAGUCCUUCGCUCGAGGCCGUGGUGGAGGAGAUACGUCAGUUCUACUUCCAGGAUCAACCGGUCGAUCAGGGUGGCAUCGAGCGGUUGAUUGAUCUUGUGGCGGAUGCCGCUUUCUACUUCCCGAUUUAUGCCGCCGUAGAGCUGCACAUGCGCUAUCAGCAGGAAGCUCCGUUGUACUUCUACCGUUUCUCCUACGAGACCGAGCUCAAUCUGUUGGCCAAGGUGUUUGGGGUCCCAGCCGGAACACCGGGAGCUAGCCAUGCCGAUGAGCUGCCAUAUCUGUUCAGUGGGAGCGAGUAUACCGCGCAGGUUGAGCCAGGGUCUGUUGCAGAUCGAGCCCGUUCACUGGUGUGCCGGUUGUGGACGAAUUACGCGAAAUUCGGUGUUCCAACGCCGGCGGAAGAUGAUGUCGGAUUCAGCUGGGAGCCACUUCCACCAACGACCGCUGAGGAACCGUUCGUCCUGCGAGCACUCGACCUCAACGAACAGGUGCAGCUUGUGGAAAGCCCGAACCACGACCGGAUACAGUUCUGGCGAUCACUCGCUGAACGCUUCAACCCAAGCGUACUGCCAUUCCAGCCGGUCUGGGAACCAGCUGUAGUCGAGUUGAAGUGGCCUACUGUGAUUGUGAGUGAUCGUUCAGCGAUGGUGAUGCGAAACGUGUUCAAGCGCUCGACGGUUUUCCAAGAUGGAGACCGAACUGGGACGCAAGUGUACGAUCCUUCCGCCCGGAUUAUGGUGAAGGUGGCACAAGGUUCCAUAUAUGGCACGAAGGAUCGACUCCCGAAUGGGAAGCCCUACUACUGCUUCAAGGGCAUUCCGUACGCCCAACCUCCAGUGGGAAAGCUGCGUUUCGCUCCACCUGUACCGAUCGAACGAUACACCGUGUCUUAUCUAGAUUGUAGCCGAGAACGGAGCAGCUGUUUGGGGAGAGAUGUGAUCACACGCGAGAUCACAGGUUCCGAAGAUGGAUUGUUCCUGAACGUGUACACUCCGGUGUUGGCCAGGGAGCGAAACUACGCUCGAGAGCGACCUUUGCCGGUGAUGGUGUUCUUCCACGGCGGUGGUAUGACGGGUGGGAACGGUGACAGCAGCAUGUACUUGCCAGACUACCUCGUGCAGGAGGAUGUCGUCGUGGCUACCGUGAACUAUCGACUCGGUGUACUCGGGUUCCUCUGUCUACCAGAGGCGGGCAUCGAGGGUAAUUCUGGACUGAAGGAUCAACGUCUCGCAUUGCAGUGGAUCAAUCAGAACGCCUCGACGUUUGGUGGAGAUCCACAGAACGUGACCAUUUUUGGAGCGAGUUCCGGUGGCAGCAACGUUCUGAUGCACUGUUUUUCGGAUCUUUCGCGGCGCUACUUCAACAAGGCCAUCGCUCAAAGUGGCACCGUGUUCGCGGACUUGAUCUAUCAGUCGAACCCACAGGAACGAGCUCGUUCGUUGGCGCAGAUCUUUGGCUACGAGGGAACCUCGGAUGAAGGUGUGUUGGCCACGCUGCGUGACGUCCCAGCUCGGCGGUUGUACGAAGCACAGUUCCUCGUCCUAUCAGCGCGAGAACGCGAGUACGAGCCUAUCUUCCAUUUCCCGUUCACGACCGUCAUCGAGCGGGAGCAAUCCACGGAUGCGGUGUUGCGCAAGACACCGAUGGAGUACUUGCGUGAAAAGGACUAUCUGCAGGUGCCGGUGUUGUGUGGAUACAAUGACAAGGAGGGAAUGCUUGAGUUGGUGGACAUGAUCAAGAACCUGGCCGUUUACAAUAGCCGACCGGAGAAGUUCAUCUGCGGGUCGUUCGAUGUGGACUACUUCAGCCCAGCGGCUCGUGUACUCGGAGAGGAGUUGAAACGGCACUACUUUGGUGAGGCAAUGAUUGACCGCACAAACCUAGACCGGCUUGUGGAGUUGCUGUCCGAUCGGUUCGUGGUUGGGUACUAUGUGUUGUGUCAAUUGUGGAGCACGUACCAAACGAAGGCACCGUUCUACUCGUAUCGGUUCGCAUUCGAAGGUGCGCUGAAUAAGGGCAAAGAGUUGCUGAAGUUCCAGCAUCUUCCAGGAGCGUGCCACAUCGACGAGGUGUACUACCUGUUCAGUUCGGCACUACUUCGGACGGAGAUUCCACCAACCGAUCCUGCGUACGAGGUUCGACAGCGUAUGGUUCGUAUGUGGACGAAUUUCGCCAAACACUCGGACCCGACACCGACCAUCGAAGGUUCUGAUGGGGUCGUUCUUUCUUGUCGCUGGGAACCGAUGCGAGCGAUCCCUGGAAUCGAUGGACAACCCACGAACUACAGCGUGUUGUCGAUUGGGAAGGAGCUGAAGAUGGGCGUGUUGCCGGAGGUCGAACGGUUGGGCAAGUUUCUCGACGUCAUGGUACGGUGUAAUGGAUCGAUCGAUAAUUUCGUCAUACCUCGCAUUCACUCUCGAACCGGUAGCAGCAGUUGA